AUGCCCUCUCUCAAUGUCGCCUUUCCCGCUCUCGUCGUUGCAAGGCUCUUUGUUGCUCUCAGUAGCCUUCCAGACGUGUUGAAACACAACCAUCAACUUUCUUCGCCAUUGACGUCCUUCUCCCAACUGCAGGAAGGCAUCUAUCUAUUCAACCAUGACAUAGAUAUUUAUUCCGGAGGGACUUUCCGCCACUCACCUCUUCUUCUCGCAACAUUCGCGACAAUCCUUCCCACCUCACAAACCUUGUCGUCAACAUUAUGGACCCUCUGCGACGCUGCAGGAGCGUGGGCUUUAAUAAAAAUAUGGAGGGCGCGACAAAACGUUACGAGCACUUCGAGAGACAGUCUAAUCGCUGCUUUCUAUCUUUUGAAUCCUUAUAUUUUUAUGUCAACCCUCGCGCUUUCAACCUCUUCGCUCGAGAAUACUUUGACGCUUUUCUCGAUCAUGUUUGCUUGCCAUGGAAACAUCUCUGCAGCCCUCCUAGCCUUCGCUUUUCUCAUCCAAUUAUCCCUUUCGUCACUCGUGAUUUUAAUACCGCUUCUGCUACUCCUCAUCACCAAUCCUCUGUCACACCUCGCGUCGCCUAGGCCAAUCUCAGUAAGCCUGCGGAAAACGAUUCCUCUCCUCGGAGAGAUCACUGCAUAUACCCUGAUACUCAGUUUGGCAUCGACGCUUGUGGCUGGUAGCUGGGCCUGGAUACCGCAGACUUGGGGAGCAACGUUGACACUACCUGAUUUAACACCGAAUCCUGGGAUGUGGUGGUAUUUUUUCACAGAAAUGUUUGAUCACUUUCGCCCCUUCUUCUUGAUGGUCUUCAGCAUCCACCUGCUCAUAUAUAUAGCCCCUGUUUGCAUCAAAUUCCAAUAUGACCCGCUUUACGCCACAUUUGUCCUCCUCGGCGUCCUGGGGACCUUUAAAGCGUAUCCAACGUUAUCAGAUCCAGGGCUUUUCCUGAGUAUGAUCUCUUUGUUUCCAGAAGUAUAUCCAUAUUUCAGACAUCCAAUAGUGACAACGUUGCUUCAUCUGCAUGCAUCACUACUGCUACCAUUGUUCCACCAUUUGUGGCUUGUACAAGGCACAGGCAACGCCAACUUCUUUUACGCCUCGACGUUGGUCUUUGCAUGCGCGAAUGGGGCCGCACUCAUUGACUGCAUCUGGGCGGGACUACGAAUAGCAAUCGGAAAACAGCAUGAGAACUCUGCUGUCGUGCAAGAAUAG